AUUCUCUCUCUUCUGGCUGUUAUUUGUGAAGAAAUGGUGGAAAAUUGUAUCAACUGUGGUGGACUUUACUUCUUUGAAUUCAUAAGCUGCGGUGCCUUUCUUUUGAGCCUCCUGAUCCUCUGUGUGUAUUGCACUAAUGCAUAUGAAGUAUUUGGGAAAGAUAAAGUAGGGAAUGUGAAUAUUGGGGUUGUGUCAGCCAUAGGUGUCUGUUUCCUGGUAGCAACAAUAGCACUUGGUGCAACCAGCUCUGAGUCUGCUGCUGGAAAAGCUGCAUCUGUAUGUGGAUUUCUUGCAAGUACUGCAUUUUUAGCUGAAAGUAUUACAGACUAUUUCCUCCGUCGGAAACAACACAUCGAUGGACACUCUGACAAUCCUGCCCACACCCCGGGUGCCACAGAAAAUCAGCCAUUAAAUCAGCAAAGCUAA